CAUCUCCGAUCCGCCGCCGCCGCGCAGCGAGCACGGGAACACGCGUCUCGCCAAGUCCUUCGGCCCCGCUCCACCUGGUGACGUGCGCCGCGGAGCGCAGACAGGCCACCGACCGACCAGCCCGCAGCCGCUGCCCGCUCCUCAGUGUCGCUCCUCCGCCGGGAGAUGCAACCCCAGUCCGUGCGGGAUAGAGACUGCGUCCGGGCUUAAGAAGCAGCGUCGCAGCGAAACCAGGACGGACGCCGGGGGACCGGAGCAGCGAGUGGCCGGUAGGUGAACGCACGGUGUAGACGGCAAAACUCAAAAGAUCUAAUUUGUCUGUGAUGAGCAUCCCCAUCCACCGGAGACCAAAGGCCUGCCCCCUUGGUUCCCUCUGAGAGAAAAAGGAAGUGAUGUCACGCCACCACCACCGCUUUGAGCGGGACUACCGAGGGCCCUGGGAGCGGAGAGACAUCCGUCCCUCGGGCCUCCACAAUGGAGGAGCCAAUCAUAGCUGUGCCUCCGCCGUCGUCAAUGGCAACAACCGUCCGGGACUCCUCCCCCUCCCGGUGAUUCCCUCUCUCCUCCCCAUCCCGGCUACAGUUGCCGUGACAACAUCCAGUGGCGACAUAGUGGUCAAGCGGUGCAUCACGGCAGCCGGAUCCGUGGCUCCGGCGUCGGCCAAGGUCUCUGGUCUGUCACCCGGAGACAACCAGACACCAGGACUGCUGCUGGCUCCGGGGGUGAGGUGGGGACAGACGCCCAUCAACCAGCACACACCGUGGGACACCGAUGAGCCCCCUGCCAAGCAACAUCGAGACAGCGAGCCCAACGGUCCCGGGUCCUGGGCUGCACCGGUAGCCGCGGUGAGCCAGCCCAGCCUCCUGCCCCACACCUACGCCCUCGCUCAUCCGCCGUCCUUCAACCACAGUGUGACCGCGCAGUCGCCGAUCAUAGGAGUAACCGCAUCCAUGCAGACGCCAGUGCCCCCGCAGCACCCGCUCAUGACCGCCCACUUCCAGCUGACGCCGCACUCGACACAGCAGCCGCCCUCGAUGGUCCUGAGCAUGCCUCCGUACCACUCGGCUCUGCCCACCAUUGCACCAUCCAUCCUCGCUGCCCAGGCCAACCACGUGGUUCACCCGUUCCCUCACAGCGUGAUGGGCAACGGCCACCUAACCUCUCACCUCAUCCAGCCCCCCGCCCUGCCUCUGACCAAUGGACAGGCAGCAGCGGCGCUGGCCCAAAACACGGCUGCAGACAAUCAGGACGCUCCGAACGGGCUGCAAAUGCUGCGGACGGUCGGGAGGGGGAAGUACGAGUUCAGCGACCCGGGACAUCCGAAAGAGAUGUUGAGGGAGCUGAACCAACAGCGCAGAGCGAAAGAGUUUACAGACCUGAAAAUAAUUGUUGAAGGCAAAGAGUUUGAAGUCCACCAAAAUGUUCUAGCUUCCUGCAGCUUGUAUUUCAAGGACCUGGUGAAAAGGUCUUCGGGGGAGACGAGGAGCGGCGAGACGCUGGAGCUGAACAUGAGCAACAUCAGCGCCGACGUGCUGGAGCUGCUGCUCGAGUUCGUCUACACCGGGUCCCUGGUCAUCGACUCGGCCAACGCCAAGACGCUGCUGGAGGCCGCCAACAAGUUCCAGUUCAACACCUUCUGCAAAGUCUGCGUGUCCUUCCUAGAGAAACAGUUGACUGCAGCAAACUGUCUCGGAGUGCUGGCCAUGGCCGAAGCCAUGAGUUGCACGGAGCUCCACAACAUGGCCAAAGCUUUUGCACUGCAGAACUUCCCUGAGGUUGCAGGACAGGAGGAGAUUCUCAGUGUUUCCAAGGAGGACCUGGUGGCCUACCUGUCCAACGACAGUCUAAACACAAAGGCGGAGGAGCUGGUUUAUGAGACGAUCGUCCGAUGGAUCAAACAAGACCCCAACUCCAGAUCGCAGCAUUUAUCAGAGCUGCUGGCGGUGGUGCGUCUUCCCUUCAUCCACCCGUCCUACCUGCUGAACGUGGUGGACAACGAGGAGCUGAUCAAGUCGACGGAGGCGUGUCGCGAUCUGGUCAACGAGGCCAAGCGCUACCACAUGCUGCCCCACGCGCGGCAAGAGAUGCAGACGCCCAGGACCCGGCCCAGACUUUCCGCUGGUGUAGCCGAGGUGAUUGUUUUGGUGGGAGGGCGUCAGGCGAUCGGGAUGAACCAGCGCUCGCUGACAGCAGUGACCUGUUUUAACCCCCAGAACAGUAAGUGGUACCCGCUGGCUAGCCUGCCUUUCUACGACCGCGAGUUCUUCAGUGUCAUCUCAGCGGGGGACAACAUCUACCUGUCAGGUGGUACGGAGUCGGGUGUGAUGGUGGCUGACGUGUGGUGCUACAUGUCCCUGUUGGACAACUGGAACCUGGUGUCCCGUAUGACUGUGGCUCGCUGCAAACACAACAGCCUGGUGUACGAUGGCAAGCUCUACACCAUCGGAGGACUGGGCGUAUCAGGGAACCUGGACCACGUGGAGAGGUACGACACCAUCACCAACCAAUGGGAAACCGUGUCUCCCCUGCCGAAGCCGGUCCACUCUGCGGCGGCCACCGUGUGCGGAGGAAAGGUGUACGUGUUUGGCGGCGUGAACGAGGCGGGGCGCUCGGCCGGUGUCCUCCAGUCCUACGUGCCGCAGAGCAACACCUGGAGCUUCAUCGAAUCGCCCAUGAUCGAUAACAAAUACGCCCCUGCAGUGAGCUUAAAUGGCUUUAUAUUCAUCCUGGGAGGAGCCUAUGCUCGAGCUACCACUAUCUAUGACCCAGACAAAGGCAACAUCAAGGCUGGUCCCAACAUGAAUCACUCUCGGCAGUUCUGCAGUGCCGUGAUCCUGGAUGGGAAGAUCUACGCCACAGGAGGCAUCGUGAGCAGCGAGGGUCCGGCCCUCGGCAACAUGGAAACCUUCGACUCGUGCACCAACUCCUGGUCGCUCCUGCAGUCGCUGCCGUGCCCGCUCUUCAGACACGGCUGCGUGGUCAUCAAGAAGUACAUCCAGAGCGGCUGAGGGCCGCUUGUGCCCUAUCCCACUGGGUCGAUGCCGAACACCAGCUGAGCUCCGGUCGUGGGACGAUGCGCGAAGGCAGCUUGGGGCAGGUCGGUCUGCGGCCUCCGGACUUGAUGCCAGCAUCCAUCCACCCCCCCACCCACGCCCUAAGCCCCCCACCCCCCAAAAGGCCCUGUGCAGAAUGUACUCAUGCUCAACUACUCGGCCAUGCCGGGUGGUGAUGCCUAACUUCCAGUACUGUACGUGUCAUGGUAGUAGUUCAUCCUCUCAUCCAACAGGCACAGGGGCCGUCUUAGUAAUUUACAAACUUUGUUUUAUGAUGUUGAGUUUUGUCUUUUCCAGAUCUCUGUGAACUCACCAACUCCUGAUUACUUUAACAAACUGAGCCUGCGCAGGGGAAGCCUUCGCAGAUCCAGAUUCUUGUCCGAUUGAGUAAAUUAUGUUCAGGCUUUUUAGUCUUUCAUUAGAGCGGAGGGUUUUGUUUGUGGUGUGUGAAGAUUUAUUUCAGUAGUGAAAAUAGAGGAAAAGAGGAGAAGUGAAAGAAAGGACUCGGUUCCUCUUGUGAAAGUGAAAUUCCUGCAGCCAGCUUGAGGUCAAGGUCAUUUAGAAAAAACGAAAUGAACUUCACGUAACCCAGUUAUUUUAAUGACUUGCUAAACAUAGGAAAAAACAUCCAUAAAAUCUGGGUCAGGUAGUGUCAAAAAGAGAAAAUCUGUAUUUUUCUUCAGUAGUUGCAACCUGAUUGAGGUAUCAUCUGAGUGGCCUGUUUUUCCACUUGAUUUUCACUCAUGCUCUCUGGGAAAAAACACUGAUUCAGAGAGAUGGAGGGAAUUCUCCCUUUCACUGACUUCUGAUGAGAUGUUGGAAUUGGGGCCAUUCCUCCGGAUAAAAGCACAAUAAUCACCUGUAACUGUUCUCAUUCAACUGAUCUGAUGAUCCAUGUUAAUCUCUUUCACCAGUAGCUCCUCCCACCUUCUUUUUGAUUUAUACAAUGUGUUUCAUUGCAACCCACAAAAGAUGUUGGGUUGGUAUUCUGUAAAUACAAGAAGGAAAUAUGUAUAUUUUAAAAACCUGAAGGCAAUUCUGUAUAAAUGUUUUUAGAAAAAAAAAAAGGAUAGGUUGAAAUCAAACGGUAUGUCUGUAAAUCUGUACCCAAAAAGAGGAAAUUAACAAUUGUUAUUAUUGAAACCUAAUACAUAUACCAGAACA